GCUGUCAGCGACUGUCUGGCAUCCCUCCAACGCCGAUAACGAUUGUUUGGAGGCAGCCUGUUCUGUUGUUGUUUUUGGUCGGGGGCGUUGAAACUAAUUCCCCGCUGUAUUGUAUAUAACAUUAAACAAUAGCACAGCAAACGAGUGCUGCAAUAAUUUACAUCACUUACAUUUACAUAACGCACUCGGCGGCCAAUCGUAAAUAUGUAAAGACAACGAGAAACGCGUGCGAACGAAAACGAAUGGCGAAAAAACGAAGAGCACUAAAAAAGGGAGAAAACUGCGAAUUGGCUACAAGUAGCAGCGUACGAAAUCCCCAGAUGUAUAAAUAAAGUCCACUGCGUUCAAUUUGUUCCUAUUUAAGUGCUUAUUAAUUAGUUAAUUCAUCCAUUCGCCCACUUGAGCUGCAAACAAGUACCCACCGAUCGAACGUUUGGCGGCGAGGAGGAAGAAGAUAGCUUUCCGGGCUCUUGGCCAUGUCAUGUGGCGAGAAUUGCGACAGCUGCCACCACCGACGACGUCGUUAAUCCAACCCGGCGCCUGCAUUAGUCAUAGGAGGAACGAGGAUGACAGCCGGCCCAAGGGAACGCCACCAGCACAACGAACCAGCGACCGAGCCAGAACGAACAGCCAACCCAGAAGUGGAAGCAAAGCAGCCCCAAGGCAAACAGUUAGCUAAUUAAUACGACGGCAAGCGAAGGAAUCCAGGGCAGAGCGAAUGAUGUUCAAGAUUAGGCAGCGGAACUGCAUGCUGAUAGUGACGGUCCUGGUGCUGGCACCAUGCAUAGUGAUCCUGAUGGUGAUGGGACCCGAGCUAUCCACCGAACAGUCGCUGACGCAGCGCCUGGCCGAAUGCCAUAUGCGACUGCAGUAUUUGGAGUCCAUGUACCGUGCCCGCCAGGAGGACGUGGCGCUGCUUUCCCAGUACCUGGGCCAGUUGCAGAGCGUCAAUGUGACGGGAGCCAGUGCUCCACCGCCGCCGCCACCGCUGCCCGUGGUCAAUCUGCUCGACGGACUGAGUCCUGAGGCCAGGCAGCUGCUGAGAAAUGCCUCGCAUAUCAGUAAAGGUGGCAGUGCCAAUGGUUCGAUGGCCAGGAGCCAGAAUAUACGGUUACCGAAUGCCUACCAUUUCUUGCCGCAUCUGCUGGACGAUGCGGGCUCCCUGCGACCAGCAUACUUGCAAAGCAAGGGCCGUUCGGAUGUCAGCAUUGUGCUGGGUGUGCCCACCGUGCGGAGGGAGAAGCAAUCGUACCUCCUCGGAACCCUCCACAAUCUCAUCGAGAACAUGAACGACGAGGAGCAAAACGAAACACUGAUCAUUGUCUACAUAGGAGAAACAGAUAUGGAAUCCGUGCAACUUAUUGCCCGUCAAAUCGAGGCCAGUUUCGAUCAGCACGUGGAGAGUGGACUGAUUGAUAUAAUAGCACCUGCAGCUAGUUACUAUCCAAAUUUCGAAAGACUUCGCAUCACACUGAAUGAUCCGUUGGAGCGCGUUAAAUGGCGCAGUAAGCAGAAUUUGGACUUUGCCUACCUGAUGGCCUACGCCCAUUCGAAGGGAACCUUUUACGUUCAGCUGGAGGACGAUAUACUGACCAAGCGACAGUUUAUCACCACCAUGAAGAAAUUCGCCUUAAUCAAGAGCGCAUUGACGAAACCCGAUCAACCAGAAUGGUUUGUGCUAGACUUUUGCCAACUAGGCUUUAUUGGCAAGAUGUUCAAGAGUGCGGAGCUACCCUACCUGAUCACCUAUUUCCAAAUGUUCUACAAUGACAAGCCAGUGGACUGGCUACUUACGUAUUUUAUCGAGUCCAAGGUUUGUCGAACGGACAAGGAUCAGAAGCACUGCAAUGCGGAGAAGGCAAAAUACUGGCAGCAUUUUCGAAAAUCCCUUUUCCAACACAUUGGUACUAGUUCAUCGCUGAAAGGAAAAGUUCAAAAGCUGAAGGACAAGCAGUUCGGCAGUAAGGUGCCCCAGUAUUAUGCCCAUACACAUAAUCCACCGGCACUGGUGAAGUCCAACAUUGCGCCCUAUAAAAACUAUCUGUUGCAGCGAGCGUACAGAGGAGAAUCCUAUUUCUGGGGCUUGCUGCCACAGCCUGGAGAUCUGGUGCAGAUUAUAUUUGAGCGGCCCACGCAGCUGAAGCACUACCUCUUCCGAAGCGGCAACUCGGAGCACCCGUCCGACAGGUUCUACAACACGACGGUGGAGCUCCUUCCGGCUGAUACGCUGAGCGAAAACUCGUCCGUGUGGAGCAACUACAACACCACCACGGACGGCUAUCUGGUGGUGGGUUCAUUCGAUAGCCUAGGCGUGGCCGAGGGCCUUUUGGAUGCAAAGAUUGGUGCUAUCAAGGAGCUGCGCCUCCACGUCCACAGUGACAGCGAGAAUUGGGCCCUACUCAGCGAGAUCGAACUACAGGAAUGGGGCAGCGAUCCUAAGUCCGAGGACAAUGCCGCAAAACCACGGUAUGUGGGGGGUAGCUGAUUGCUGCAUCGCCAUCGGCAGCGGCAGAAUUGGGAGGAAUAGGAGCAACAGGUCCUGCUUAUCCCUGUCACCCACUCCAGUUAAUGUCUAUACUAAUCCCCAUCCACAAUUUGUCUAUAUCUGUUGGGAUUGUGUCGAUUUCGCUGAUACGCAGGUACUGUCGUGGGAGCAAAAAGUAAUCUUAAUGAAAUUGCUUGAGAAACAUUUAGCUGUAAUUAAGAUAACUUUUCAAUUGUUGCCUUGAAGAAUAUUUUUUCCCAUGGAUAGGCAGCGUAUCAUAAAAAUAUGAAAUUUUUUGAUGAAGAAUUCGUUUUGCUCCCAAGACAUUGCCAGGGUUUUGGCAUAGAUGCGAGUCGAUCUCUCCUAAUAAUUGUACAUCUGUGUGUAUAUUUUUCGAAUGACGCUUUUGCCCUCGAUUAUCUCAGUGUGUAAAUAAUCUCUCUCGCUCUGCUAUAAGGCUAUAGCUAUAAGGCUCAAGUAUGGCUGUAGACCAAUUGUAUUGCCACACAUCCCCAGAACCAAUUUGUUAGGGUUUCUUUAACUUAAGCGUUACAAGCCUCAGCAAUAUCAUUGGUCUACAGUCUCCCAAAAGUCUUAUUUAAUCCCGCGCUGUCAGUAUAUUCUUCGCAUAACCAUAUGGAUUUGAUAUAUGUAUGUACUCCAAGUGCCCCUUCCAUUUUUUCAUGGUGGUAUAAUAUAAUAUAUUGGUAUAGAUUACGUGGAUCAAGUUGUGGGCUAUGUAACUAAGGCGAUUUCUUGGUACUCCUAUGUUGUUUGAAUAUUAUCUUUUGGUUUUUUCUUAAGUUUUAAGUGUUAACCUCAUUUUAUUGGUAACCCAAACACACAUUCCAGUUUAUAUCCUUUCCAUUUCCUGAAUCUCCAAGUGAUCAAGAAUCUCGAAUCCGCUGAAAUCUUAUUGAUCAAAUACGAAUUAAGAAAUAUUUACACUUUGUUGCACACUUAAGUUUAAUCUGUACAUUUGUUGAAAAUAUUCCCUUACUUUAAUAAUUUAUCUUAAUAUUAUGAAUGCUUGUGUUAGUUUAAUAUAGCCACCUUCUUGAACAUGAAGCCAUAACUACAUAAAUAAAUAAUAUGCAUAAACAUAAACAUUGAACCAUUAAAUAACGAAACGAUUUUUAGCAUUGUUGCUUUUUUACUGUGAUUUGUUAAUAAUUUGUGCAUAACAAUGACAAAAUUAUAUACCUAAAUUAUAUAUACACGUAAAUGUAAAACAAACCACUCUAAUUAGCUAUUGUAAAACGAAAUUCCAAAAAAACAAUCAUUCAUAUGAAAACAUUUUUUAUAUACAUACGAUCCAUUUUAUGAUUGGUUUAACUAAUUGGAAACGCCAAAUUUUUUGAUAGACUAUGAAAAACUAAAAACAAGAAUGACGAUUGUUUAAACUUGGUUCCUGUUGAGUAACGAGAAUUGCAACAUAUAGUGGCAUAUACAUUUAAGACUUGGGUUCGAUGCGGUGCAUUGUGAUGCAUUUUUCACUUCCUAAAGCUUAUCCAAUUUCAAUUCGUAUGCCACUAUAUAUAGAGUAACAGAUAUUGUAGACUGCUUUCGAUAAACUGAACAAUUGAAACGAAUGUUUUGCAUAUACUUACAUACUAUUGCAUAAUUGUACGAACAUAAAUAUAUUUUUAUAUAUUCCUGUGUUAUGUGUGCGGCAACUAGCAACAAUAAUUUACAGCACCUCCCCGCGCUCUCCCCGAAACACUCAUUUUGCCAAAUUGCAACCAAUUAGCAAGCAACAAUAAUAGUGGAUAGUGAUCAAUCGGAAUUAAAUUAAAUUAAAUUAGCUGGCAUUAUAGGCUUUCCCUUCCAUGAAAAGACAACACAUAACGAUCGUAGCUGAAUUAUUACAAAUUACGAAUUACCAUUUUACAAUACUCAUAAGCCGUUGGGACAAAACUCAAAACUUAAUCGAAAUCAAACAAGAACAACAAAUAUGCGUGUAAUGUGUGUAUAAGCUUAAUAAAUAACUCAAGUAUUUGAAAUUGAA